UAUUAUAUUUUAAUAUUGACUUGGAAAUAUUUGAUGUGUACCAAUCUUACAGUAGUAUGGCAUGAUGUGACAUGUGCUAUUAGAGUUAGGUUUGAACAGGAUAAAGGUUAUACAAAUGCGAUUUCUAUAUUUUCAUCAUAUUAACAUUUUCCAAAAAAAUUCACAUAUUAUCUCGCGUCAUAUUAAAUUAAUAUGGCUAUUCGUUUGCAUAUUAAUAAAGAAGAUUUAGCCAAGCAGGAGGAGUCUGAAUUACAUCUUAUGCCAUGUAAAAUUCAUGGCGAUCAAGCCGCGAAUGUUUCCUCCUAUUUCAAGCCUUACAUUUGUAAAAUUGACGAAGAACAUUGCGAUUGUUCGUUCCGUGGCUAUCCACUUCAAGGGAAAAAAAUAAUUGUACCUGCUGGAUACAAAGGCAUGACGUUUAUGGAAAAUAAGAAGGCAGAUCCUGAAAAUAAGAUCCGUAAUUUAUAUCGCACAGGAACGUUUUCACAAUUCACAUAUUGGAAUUACGAUAGAAUACCAUCUAAGAACGAUGCUCUUGUAGCAGCAUUGGAUUGGAUUGAUAUAGCUGAAGUGUUACAUUCAUCAGAAACAUAGAUGUAAUACCAAAAGAGAAAACACAAUUAUUUCAAUGGAAAAAUAUAAAAAAAAUAUUGUCUUAUUUCUCAUAUAUUUUUAUACUUUGAUAGAAAAAGGAAAUAAUAAAGAUACAUUCUUUUCUCUGUGUCUAACAGAUAUAUUUUUACAGCAUCAUAAUUGGAUGAUUAUGCCACAAAUAAUUAGCAUAUGAUGUAGACAUAAGAAUCUAUGGCAGUAAAAUGUGUGAAGAAAGUGUAAAGAGAGAUAGUGGUAGUAAUAUAAUCUUAACAGCAACAAUUAAAGAAACAGAAUUUCCUAUUUAGAUAUUUGUGGAUUUCUUUUUUUUAAUUUAAUAGUACAAUAUGUGAAUGCAUUCUGCAGAUUUUUUUUUCAGAAAGACAAAUUCAUUUUAUAUAAGAUUACCAUAUAUAUAUAUAUAUAUAUUAUAUACGACUUUAUAUUAAAUGCAUUUAGUGCUGCUAUUGAUACUUUGAGCCAUCGUUGAUUAAUGAAGGAUGUAUCUGAGCAUCCAUAUAUGCUAUUUUAAUUACGUGAAUUUACAAAAUACAUUUACCAAUAUAUGUCAUGUUAUUUAGGCCAAAGAAUCCCAAUCAAUUUGUAAUAGCGUGUAUCAAAUAUAUGCACAAUGCUUACAGAGUUAAUUUUCGAACAGACACUCUGGAAUGAAAAUAUUAUCUCCCAUAUUACGCAGGAUCAUUGAUAGUACGAGAAAGUGUGCGUAUCUUAUGAAUAAAAAGUACGUUUGUUUACAUUAUAUUAAUACUAUAAUAGAAAAACGGAAUAGUCAAAUUAUAUCAAUCUCAAUCUGAAUUUCUUCUCUUUGGCGUUUUAAUAAUACUGAGGUAUAUGAGAUUUGUAAAACUAAUUCAAAACUUUGUGUAUGAAUACCGUCUUAAGUUACAAAAAUUCUUACAUUCGUUCGUUCUCUUUCAUUCUAAAUUAUAGUAAGUUUCUGUCUCGAUAUAACGCGAAAUAAUAAAUAUGAUAAAAUAUUUC